CGGUCAAAUACGCGAAAAGUCGAACGGUGAGAGAAAGAGGAAAGCGUAGUCUAGUCGCGGGAAGGAUACAAAAAGGCUAAAAUGCACCCUCAGUUAACGUCACCCACCGAUCGGAGGUUAAGUGCUCUGGUCAGACACCUGGAAGGCUCGUCGCCGUCGGUCAUGGACUCCCAGACUACGAUCUCGGCUUCAGCGACUUCGGCUCACAAUUCUGUCUUCGGCCAUGUUUCUCGGGCUCCUGAAGAUCCCAUCCUCGGCGUCACUGUUGCAUAUAACAAAGAUCCUAGUCCAGUAAAGUUGAAUUUGGGGGUUGGUGCUUAUCGUACGGAGGAAGGAAAACCUCUUGUUCUGAAUGUCGUGAGACGAGCUGAGCAACUACUUGUUAAUGACAGCUCUCGUAUAAAGGAGUAUCUUCCGAUUGUCGGGCUCGCAGAUUUCAAUAAAUUGAGUGCAAAGCUUAUAUUUGGUGCUGACAGCCCCGCUAUUCAAGAGAACAGAAUUACAACUGUUCAGUGCUUGUCUGGUACUGGUUCACUGAGAGUUGGAGCUGAGUUUUUGGCAAAACACUAUCACGAACACACGAUAUACAUUCCUCAGCCAACAUGGGGAAACCAUCCAAAAAUUUUCAAUCUGGCAGGAUUAUCUGUGAAGACCUACCGCUAUUAUGAUCCAGCAACUCGUGGACUCAACUUCCAAGGCUUGUUGGAAGACCUUGGUUCUGCUUCAUCAGGAGCAAUAGUGCUUCUUCAUGCAUGUGCCCAUAACCCCACUGGUGUUGAUCCCACCCUUCAGCAGUGGGAGCAGAUUAGGCAGUUGAUGAGAUCGAAAGGGCUGUUACCUUUCUUUGAUAGUGCAUAUCAGGGUUUUGCAAGUGGAAAUCUGGAUGCUGAUGCGCAGUCCGUUCGCAUGUUUGUCGCUGAUGGCGGUGAAGCUCUAGCAGCUCAGAGCUAUGCAAAGAAUAUGGGGCUUUAUGGUGAACGUGUUGGUGCCUUAAGCAUAGUUUGCAAGACAGCUGAUGUUGCUAGCAGGGUUGAGAGCCAGUUGAAACUUGUGAUCAGGCCCAUGUAUUCUAAUCCACCAAUUCAUGGUCCAUCUAUUGUGGCUACCAUCCUCAAGGACAGGAAUAUGUAUAAUGAAUGGACUAUUGAGUUGAAGGCAAUGGCUGAUCGUAUUAUCAGCAUGCGGCAGAAACUUUUUGAUGCCCUUCGUGCUAGAGGUACACCUGGCGACUGGAGUCACAUUAUCAAGCAGAUUGGAAUGUUUACUUUCACAGGAUUGAACUCACAGCAAGUUGCCUUCAUGACUAAAGAGUACCACAUCUACAUGACAUCUGAUGGGAGGAUUAGCAUGGCGGGUCUGAGCUCGAGGACGGUCCCACACCUUGCAGACGCAAUACACGCAGCUGUCACCCGUGCUGCCUAAAUUGGUUACAGGCAACUUUUUCCGUGGUAAUUCCUGUUCGUCUUCAUGACAGUUUCGUUGUAAUAAUGAUAAUAAUCGAAAGACCAGAGGUAAAAAUAAACCUUUGAUUCAAGCGAGGGAGUUGUAAACACUUCAAAUUGGAGGAAGUCUUGGACUUGUUUCAUGGCAUGUACGGGAAUUUUUUUUUUAAUCCCUUAAUUUGUGAACAGGAGAAAUGUACUUCCUUUAUGUUAUACGAAAAUAAAGCUCAAUUUGAUUAUAA